GGGGUCCACGUGUCAGGGCGCCCCUCUGGCCCCUUCCCGGCCGCCCCUUCCCGGCGCCUCCCUUACCUGGCUUGGCCGGCUUCGGGGGCGGCUUGGACAUCGCUGCGCGAGGGGAGGCGCAGCCAGGCGGCGGGCGAGGGGCUGCGCGUGGCUCUGGGCGGCGUCGCUUCCCGGAGAGAGAGAGGGAGGGAGGGCGGCUCGCCGAAAAGCCCCGGCCGAGCGAAGCUGCUCCUGCCACCGGGAGGAGGAAGUGGGACUGGCGGCGGCGCAGGCAGAAAAGGGGCGCCGGGCGCCGCUCCCUCUAGCGGCCCAAGUCCAGCACUGCAGGCGCGGAGAGAGGGAGGGAGGGAGGAGCAAGGCGCCAGCUCGCCCGGCGCAAAUGGCCCCCGCCAGGCGGGCCGCGUGAAGGGGCGGGGACCGCGGAAAGGAGCCAAUCGCUGGAACCAGGGGGCCGGACUGCGAGCCUUGACCAAUCGUCAGGCCCCCUUUCCUUGGAGGGGCGGGGCAUGCGCCUGGUUCCUGAAGGGCUCCCCUUCCUCGGGGCGCUGCUCGGCGUGUCCGGCCGCGAGGGCGAAGGUAGGGGCGGACGGGGGGCUUUGUGAUGCCCCCAGAGGCUUCUCGUGCCCGGGGCUCCGGGGCAAGGAGGCGGCGGCGCCCCUCUCGGCUGCCCGGGCAGAAGCCGACUGGCCGGGGGGGGAAUCGCUCCGCCGCUGCACCGGAGGCAGCAGGCUCGGUUGGGGGGCAAGAGCGGGGGGAGGGUGAGGAGAAAUAGCCAGAAGUGCUGCGUGCAUCUCUGCCAUCAGAUGCCGCGCAUCAUCCUUAAUCUUUCCAAAAAGUACCUCAAUGCCAAUUCAGAGCUUCAAGGAUUUUAUUGACAAUUGGAGUCUCAAAGCUUCUGAGAAAAAAUGCUUGGGAAAUGUUUGGAACAUGUUGGCUGCUGCUGAUAGGCUCCCUUAGUCCCACUUAAACCAGUGUCUGCACUUUCUUGUAAGUGUAAAGUCACAUUGCCUGGCAUGCCCGGCUCACCUGCUCCGGUAAAAGCUGUUCAGGGCUACUAAUCUCAAGGUGCUUGCUAGAAAACAAACUGUAUUGCAUUUGGUGGGACUAGGACUGGGCUGCCAAGAUGCCCUAGAAGUGAAAACUGUAAUUGUGUUGGGAUCACUUUUAAACAUAGCAUGUUAUGGUCAUAAAGAGCCAGUGUGGUUAGAGUGCUGGACUUGGAGGCCAGGGUUCAAAUCCCCACCUGGUCAUGAAGCUCACUGAGUGACUUUGGGCCAGUCACUGCCUCUUAGCUCAACCUACCUCACAGGGUUGUUGGGGUUAUUAAAUGAGGGGAAACCCAUGUGCCCAAGUUGCGUUCUUUGGAGAAAAAAGGUGGGAUAUAAAUACCAAUCAUCAUCAUCAUCAUCAUCAUCAUCAUCAUAAUACUGCAGUUGGGAACUAUUGGCUGCAAUCUUACUCUUACAGAAAUUGGUGGUAAUGGUUUGAGAAUACUUCUGGGUCAGAGCAGAACCAAACUGUGUGCCACUGACAAUUGGGUAGAAUACAACUCACAGAAACUCUUCUUUCCUAUGUAGCAUUCCCCUUUGAUGUAUAUUUGUCUUUGUUUUGGACCCAUGCACUGCUGACCUGAAAUCUUAACUUGCGUCACUGUCCAUACAACAGAGUUCAAAGCCCUUCAUCUUUGGAUAGUUGGCAAAUGCUUUGACAGCAGCUGUUUCCGAAUGGGUGAGAGAUUAAGAACAAACAAUCCAGCAGCAUUAAUCUUUGCCCAUAUUUUUAGUAAUAGCUCUGAACCCAUCCUAACUUUCUCACCAGUGAGCCCUGAAGUGUUAACUUUAAUUAAAUUCAUCACGUGGCCACAUAUACAGUAUUGCUUAGUAUUGUUUCUGGCUAUAGCAUUUCAAGCACUGUUUGUCUAUGUGUGCCAUAUUUUACAUAUAUUCACCUAAACAUGGUGCCAUUGGGCUUAUUCAGCUUUUUGCAUUACAGUCGUACCUUGGAUCCUGAACGCUUUUCGAGUUGAAUGUUUUGGCUCCUGAACGCAGCAAACCCAGAAGUGAGUGUUCUGGUUUGCAAACGUUCUUUGGAACCCGAAUGUCCGACGCAGCUUCUGAUUGGCUGCAGGAGCUUCCUACAGCCAAUCAGAAGCCGCACCUUGGUUUCUGAGUGUUUUGGAAGUGGAAUGGAACAGAUUCCGUUAGACUUCCGAGUUACAACUGUAUACAUAUUUGGGCAAUCUACAGUGUUGAGCAUUAGAAAUCCUAGGAUUGCUGAUGGGGAGGAUCAUGUAAUACAGAUUUUAUACUGUUUAUGAUCAAUCACAGUAUUGAAAAAUAUUUGUUCACAGAUGCAUGAACUGCAAUGGAAUUUCUAUAGCUCAGUCUGUCCAAAUAUUACUAGAACCUUGUAAGACAGCAGGCUUGAUACUUGUGGUUCACAUGUGGUGGAAAUAAAAUAUAUAGCUUUGAAGUUUAGCAGACAAAUCUUGAUGCAAUAAGAAGUUCAUUUAUUAUGAGUCUUGAUGCUGCUAUGACCUCCCAGAAAUGCAUGGUUAAUGGGAGCAAUACAACAGCAAGAUAUGUGGGGAAGAACAGGAUUAGGAUCCAGUAGAUCUCUGGCAGUUUUGCCAUCUUAAUUUCCCUGCCAGAAAUAUUUUAUUCCACAGUCCAAAAACAGCAACCCUGCUAUUAAAAAAAUACAGGAGAUCAGUCUACUCGUACCCAUUUCUGAAUAUUUGUACCCAUUUCUUUGUCACUAGAUUUUAGCUUGACAUAAGGCACUGCAUUCUCAAAAUAAAUUGGUGGCAAAAUCAUCAAAGAGGCUUGUCACAGCAUGCUUGGCUUUCAUUGGAAUGCCACACUGAGAGAUUCCCUAAGGAUACAGUUAACAUUGACACUUAGGUGUUCCUACUUGACAGUGUACAUAAUUAAGGGAAAUAUGGUGCCAAGUUCCAUCUUUCCGUACUUCAUACAACAUUGCUUGGUGUUUUGAUGUUCAUGGGUGAGCAUGUUGUGCACAGUGAGGUUUGACGUCUUUCCCUUUCCUACUACAGUAUUUGUAUUUCUCAGUCAUUUGGAGAGCUGAAUCCAGUGAUGACCCUCAUGUGUCACAGGUUAGUUGCCAAUUUCCAUAGUGUCCAAUGUAAACUCAGGAGAGCCAGUUCUUCCUUUCCUUUGCAAGUCAUCAAAUGAUGUACAUCCACCUCCAAACAUGAGAGAAAAUUUGGAAAAAAGCUGCUAAUUUGGAAGAAAGGCCUGUUGAACUUUGCUUCCUCUUAGUAGGCAUGUGUAAGAUUGCACUGAGACUCAAACCCAAUGGAUUUUGAUUUCAUUAUAAUUUGGUUUUGAUGACAAGCAAUUUUUAGCCACCUUCCUCACAACUGGCUAGAAGCCUACCUGAGACAUUUAGUCAAAAAUUCCAUGGGCUGAACAUAGUAGUUCAUGGACAAUAUGUUAUUCACUCCUACUACAAGGAUUCUUUAUCAAUUUGAUUUUUAGGUUGUGAAAGAACUGUGAAAAUGUUGGUCAUUGGACUUGGAGGGUAAGUGAAUGGGUAGUGUGAAUGGGUAGUUGGUUAAAAUCCAGUUUUGCUUUAGAUCAGGGAUGGGGAACCUGGGAUCCUCCUGAUGAUCAUGGAAUCAUAGAAUUGUAGAGUUGAAAGAGAUCACAAGGGUCAUCUAGUCCAACUCCUUGCAGUGCAGGAAUCUUUUUGUCCAACGAGAUUACAGUAAGAGUCUCAUGCUCUGCUAACUGAGCUAUGAUGCUUGAGUACAACUCCCACCACCCCUGGCAUUUGGCCAUGCUGGCUGGGGCAGAUAGAAGCUAGCCUCAAACAUUUGGAGGGUCCCAUUAUUGCUUUAGGUGUUUAGAUCUACCCAAUAGCUGAGUGGAAUAAUUUGCUUUUUGUGUGCUAUUACUGCUUUCUGAUCACUUUUCAGGACGGUGGGAAAAACAUAAUUGUAUUACUGCAGGCAUGGCCAAAGUCCGUUUUGGGGGCCUAAAUUGGCCCACCGGUCAGUUUAAUCCGGCCCCUGUGGCAGUUUACUUGCUGGGGUAAAAUCCUAACCUCAACAACUUCAAUCCUAAAAAAAGGUUAACAACUUUGGUUGGCCCUCACGGCCCUUCACUUCAUCAAAUCUGGCCCUCUUUGAAAAAAGUUGGACACCACUUAUAUUACAGUUUUGCUGGUGCUAACCUUGAUGGCGGGGCGGGGGGGAUUGCUACCUGGCACUUCUCGUUCCUGUCUCUUCUAUGCGGGGUGUACAAUAGCUAAAAUGAGCCUAUGACACUCAUGCAGUUGAAAAUACUUGAAUGUUUGCAAAAGGUAUAGUAACUGAGGUGGGUGGGAGGGAGGUAACUGAUUCUUUUUUCUAGUUUCAAAAGACUUUUGAGUUCUGGGGAAAUAACUCCUUGCAAAUAGGAUUUUUUGCGGGAAGAUACUACGCUUCCCUGCAACAACUGAGUAGCCAUUGUGCAUUUAUCAUGCAAAAGGUAACAAAAAAAGUUGUCUGAGAUGAUGAUAUAUGUGCCUUUGGCCAUUUUAGCAUAUGCUAUCUGAAAACAUUAAAAUAACUAGGUAAAUGCAUUUGCAAGUUACAAUGUAGAUACCGGAUUAUCAAAAUGAUGUUAUUAUGUACUGUAUGGUCUGCUACUCUGUAAUCUGCUACAGUUCUGCCAUUCUUUUCUUCCUAUCUCCAAUUCAGUAUAACAAAUGGAGGGAAAACAACUCUGGCAAAAAGGCUUAAGAAACAGCUUCCAAACUGUUCUAUACUCUCUCAAGAUGACUAUUUUAAGGUAAACAAUUAAAGGGACUUUAUGAGUUAAAGUAGAACAUCUCCAGGUUAGAAGCAGAAUACAGUGUGCUUCCAAAUUAUCAAGUAAAAUAAUGUUAUGGGAUGAGCUAUGGGAUUCUUGUGUAUUCUGAACAGCAUCCUGUAUUUUCAACUUGCCAUCUUGUAUUUGUAUUUUUAUCACUUCAGUUUUUGAUCUUUAUCAUCCUGGUCCAUGCUGAUUUUAGAUGGAUUUAAAUAAUACUCUACUUUUUAAUAACAGGAAUGUGCAUGCAUGCACGUUUUCGAAACUUACAGGAUUUGGAGUUACUUGGUAUAGUAUUAUCAGGAAGUUUACUGUUUGUUCUGACUUGAAAUGUCUUACUGUGUUCAUUUAAAAUUCUGAACAGUUCUGGGUGCUGCUGCCUCUCACAUUAUUUGCCUUCCUAUGCAGUGGCCCAAUUUCAAUUGUGUUGUUGCCAUCUACCUCUAAAAUUGCUGACUCCAGUACAGCUAUGUAUGAUAAGAAGUCUAAAUUUCCUUUCCCCCUUCAAGUUGCCUCAACAAUGUUAACAAUAUUGUUGUUGGUUUUUCUAGCCAGAAUCUGAAGUGGCUGUAGAUGACCAUGGAUUUUUGCAGUAUGAUGGUUAGUAGACUCAAUACUUUUUUAAAGCAUCAAAGUUUUGAAAGCAUCAAAGUAAGCAAAACUGUAAUAUUCAAAGAACCAAUCCAUUUCCAGCAAACAUUUGUCUCUACAAAUAUUUUUGUAUUUUUAUUUUUGACUAGAUAUUUCUUCUUAAAAUUGCAAAAUUGGCAUGCUUGAUGCCUUCAACCCACCCACACGAAAAUGGGAACUGGAUAAGCAGGAAAGAGUUCCAGUGGUUGAACAACUAUGCAGCGAAGUGUUAAAUCAAGUAAUUCUAAAAAUGGAUUUGUGAUCCCCCCAACUAUAUAUGAAGCAAGCUGCUAUGCAGAAGCCAAAAAUACCAUUUAUCCAGCCCAGAUGUUGAUUCCAGUGGGUUGACUUUUUUUUAAGCUUGUAGUAUGUCAAUAAAUGGACAGCCGCGAGGAGUCAUUGCUGACAGUAAUAGAUGGAAGGUUUUAUGUUCGUGAAUUCUAAUAACUAGGAAGUGCUUCGCAGCAUCUUGGCAAAAUCCUGGGAUUCUGCAGGAGUGUGACAUCUGAAUGAAAGGGCUUUCACUUUCAAAAUCAAGCAAUUUGGUACUAGCAGGAAAAUUCUACUUAACAAGAGACAGUAAAAGGGGAUAGGCAGAAUAGAUGCAUAAGGUAUCUUUUUGAUGUAUCAGUUUUGGGUGAAAAUAUGUUGUUGCCGUCUCUCAGUGCCUCCUAAUUCAACUGCAAAGGCUUGAUUGCCUAACUGGAUUCUCAGCUCCAUUUGAAGUUUAAAAAAUAUUAAGUUUGGGGAUUUCUUCAAGUAGCAGUUUUGCGGAACUAGUCAUAAAUACAUGCAAAGCAUCUCCAGAAAUCAGUAAUAGUGAACUCAGCUAAAACUGAGCAGGCAUCUGGCUCAGGAACAGUUUAAACUGCACAACUAUUUCCAUAUGAUCAGUGCUAUCUGGGCAAAAUAAUAAGUGAACUUUGGAGUUCAGUCAGAUGUGAUAAUAAUAUAAUGCAUUUUCUUGUUCAGGCAUUGCAGGAAACCUUCCCCCCUUUGUAUUGCAAGUUAAGUUUAAACCAAACAGUGACAUCUAGUGCAUAAAAAAGUUCAAACUGAAGCUUGUUGGCUAACUUCCUCCACCCAGCUAUUGCAGAAUUAAUUGUAACCGGACAUCCUGCGUGUUUGUGUGUGGACCAUGUUCCUGGCAGCUAACCUUUCUUGCUGAAAAGAGGUGCUGAUAUUCCACUCCAAAUCUAUAAUUCAUUAUACAAAUUCUUAAAAGUACAGUCCACCUAUAACAAACCAAAAACAUUGUGUUCUCUUGGUAUUGAAUGGAAGCUAUUUAUCUGCCCUCUUUUCCUCCUCUGUUCUUUGCUCAGUCACUCCAUUUUGAAUCUUCCUUUCAAAACAACCAUGCGUGUUUUGAGAAAACUUCACAGAUUUAGGAACUGGAGCACAAUCAUUUGAUCUCUUUGCUGUUCCUCUAUACUCCAAGCACUUCUCAUUGGCACAGCCCUGGUUUCUCUCUCCAACUAUUACCAUUCUUGAUUAAUAACCAUAAAAUGCUCAAAUUUUAGUUUAUGCGACUGCUGCCAAUACUGACUCCUAAUGAUAAUGAAAACAGCUACAUUGUAAUGGAAUGUUUUCCCAUUCUUUUCAUUAUAUACCUCUAGCAUUUUAUUUUGCAGACUGUAAUUGUUGCCUUUAAUUUUAAGAUAACAUUGUCUCUUCUAGUACUUGAUGCCCUGCAUAUGGAAAAAAUGGUGGCAGACAUACGCUCUUGGAUGACAAACCUACAAGACUCUGCAUUGACAAGGCCACUGCAUGAUAAUCAAAAGGGAGUAAAAGACACUCAUGUCUUGAUUGUUGAGGGCUUCCUUCUGUAUAACUACAAGUAAGCAAGCUUAGCAUGUUAAAGUAAAAAUAAUGCAUACUGAAUAAGCACAUCUUACUUGCUUCUUUAUUACUGCAGGCCUCUCAGUGAUAUAUGGAAUAAAAAAUAUUUCAUAACAAUUCCUUAUGAAGAAUGCAAGAAGAGAAGAAGGUACUGUAUUCUGAAAAUCUUUGCCCAAUAUUAUACUGUACUCUUUGUUCAUAGCUGCAUGUUCCCACACCUACAUGCUGCAAUCUAAUAAGGGAACUGCAAAGCAGAUAACCAGCUCCAUUCCCAGUUUGUUUUUUUAAAAAUAAACUUGUUCAGUUUUAGAAUUACACAAUUUGGAACAAUGCACUGUAAUUUUGAACAAUAAAAAAUAAUGAUGAUGAUGCCUUGCAAAAUUCUGGAACUGUAUUAUAUCUCCAGGGAAAUCACAGGUUCCAACACCACAAGUUCCUGUAAAUCAGAGCCUCAAAAUCUGGCAAAGAGACAGGUAAAGGCAGAUUCUCUCUGCCCAGUCUGUGCUUUCAUGCCACUAGCAAAGUCAUUUGGAAAUAAGCAUGGAGUCAGUGCAACAAACUUGGCAACUUAAAUGCUUUUAACUUUGUACUGACUCGUGGUCUAAGAGAAUGCUAUGGGUUUUUUUUUAAAAAAAAUACAUUUAUAUCCCACCUUUUUUCCAAGGAGUGCAACAUGGUGUAUACACUUCUCCCCCUUUGAGAUAUGCAUUCAGGUGUUUAAAGCCCUCUAAUUGUUAUCUAUAUCAUUUGAACAAUUUUGAUCUCUGUGUAUUUUUAGCUAUAAGGAAACCAUUAGUGCUGGUGUGCUAGCAAGUGGUGCCUUACUUGACACCAGAGGCCUUCGUUUCAAGCAGGCAAACUUUCUGUUUCUAUAUAUUAAGACUUGUAUAUGUUGUUACAAAUAAAGCUAACAUUGUUGCAGUACACAAACUGAAGAAAGAGCAUGCUGCUCUUCUACCCUGUACUGUACUAGGCACUGCAAUAAGCGAGUUUUGUUUUGCUUUGUAAUGAUUAGGUCUUUUCUCCAGGUUAUAAAUGUAUGCCGUAAUAAUCUAGACUUUGGGUUUUCAUUGAAAGAGCCCGACACAGUAUGCUUACUCCAGCAAGGCUUCUUUGAAUUCAGUGGGACUUAGCCCAAAGUAGAUCUAUACAGAACUGUAGCCUUGCGUUUCAAUUUUUAAAACCAUAGGUAGAUUGAGUCAUAAGUCAUAAAAGAAAGCAGUAGCGCUCAUUUAAAAUAAUCAUUUUCUAGAUUAGGCUGUAAGCCCAAUUUAAUAGCACAUUCUACCUCACAAUGUACAAUAGUGUUUCUAAAAAAUCAACUUGCAAUUAAAGCUUAUGGAGGAUGCUUCGUGUCCCUGAAUACAUUAGGAAAAUAGGAAUCUGCCUUAUACUGACUGAGUCAGACCAUGUGUCUGUCUAGCUGACUGACAGCCGCUCUCCAGGGUUUCAGGUGGGGGAAAUUCUCAGCUCUACUUGGAGGUGUCAGGGAUAAAACCCAAGAACUUUUACAUUCAAAGCAUAUGCUACACCACUGCGAUACAUCAGAACAUGUAUUAGUCUACCAGGGCACAGGCUUGCUAAGGCUUUACUAAGGGUCUGAGGUCCUGUCCAGUACACCUGACGAGGCGGCGGCUGUCACAAAAUCAAAAUCUGUGUUAGUAAAGUGGGUUAGAGGAAUUUGCACCACGUCUUUGGUAUUGGACACUUUGAGAUUAAGUGUUUUCCUGAGUUUGAAGAAACUACUGAAGAAACAUUUUAUUAAUAAGUUACCAUGUUAACUAAAGAUAUAAAUAUUCUGUCAGCAGUAGAUCAGUCCACUAGAGGCUUUUGAUAUUUUUGGAUAUAAAUUCUUGUUAAGCAAGAUGUUUGAGUAAAGCUUCUGUUCUUAUAUAGCACACGAAUUUAUAACCCACCAGACCCACCUGGAUACUUCGAUGGACAUGUAUGGCCAAUGUAUCUGAAACAUAAGAGAGAAAUGGAAGAAAACGAAACUGGCAUCGGUAUGGCAAACACAUUUAGAUAUAAUAUAUACAGUGGUACCUCUGGAUGUGAACGGGAUCUGUUCCGGAGCCCCAUUUGCAUCCUGAGCAGAAUGCAACCCACGUCUGCGUGGGUCACGAUUCGCCGCUUCUUCGCAUGCCAUCAUUUUGAGUGUAUGUGCAUGCGGCGAAACCCAGAAGUAAUGUGUUCCGUUACUUCUGGGUCGCCGCGAAGCACAACCCGAAAACGCUCAAACUGAAGCAACUUCAACCCGAGGUAUGACUGUACAUGUAGCUCAUUCAAGUAGAGAAUGCUUGCAAAAGUAGUGAUAUUACCUAGUUCAGGUUCAAAGGACUGGCUUUGUUGGUAGGGGUGGAUUUUGAACUUUCAAAUUUCAGCAGUGCCCUGUGCAAGUCCAACAUUUGGUGCCUCCCCACCUCAUGCAUUCUGUUUUGCUCAAUUCACGACAGGCUCCCCUACCCCUUACUCAUGAUCAACGUGUGUAAGCAUGACACCAGGAAAUAAAUAAAUAAAUAGAUGCAUGCAAACCAGGAAAUGGCAUGAGAGAGCUGGAGAGUCCUCAUGACUCAUGAGGAGACCCUCCCCAGAGCCCGAAGAGGACUUCAGUGAGGGCGGAGGAAGCCCCAAGAGACUGGAGGUGCAGUGGGACUUUGUUUAGGCUGCUCAACCUCCCCACCUAGACAUUUACACGUGUAGUAGCCGCAUUUCUGCACAGCCUCCAGCCGGCCCCAGAGCUUCUAGUUGAAGAGAGUUGUGUGGAGAACGUGAGAGCUGGAAAGCAGGAAAAAACCAGGUCUUUUUUGACAGUGCUCCCUACUUACAGAAUACGUGAGUGGAGGCUUAGAAAGUAACCCCUGCUUAAGGGGGUGGGGUAAUCUGUCAUAGUUAUGAUGCCCUGUAGCACCCCCUAGGCUCAGCGCCCAAUGAGGCAAAACUGGUUGCACUGCCCUAAAUCCACCUCUUUUGUCAGAACGCUUCAGCAUCUGUCUCAUGGUAAAUGUGGAUGGGAAAGUGUGGGUAUCUGAAGAUGGAUAUUUAAAAAACAAAAUAAAAUUCUCUGUUAAGCAUGUGUACUCGGAGGUAAGUUCAGUUGAGUUCACUGGUAAUUACUCCCUGGUAAUGCAUAAGAUAGGAACUUUAGGCACCCUUUGCACAGUUAGUGUGUAUGUUUGUCUGCAGCUUUUUAAAAAUUCACCUAAAAAAAGUCAGUACAUAAAGCUUAUGUGGGUUGUGAAUGCAAUGUGGGUUGCACUGGAAGGUAGCCUAUUGAAACUUUCUGGCUGUACUGAAGAUGUUUUGACUACUUCACUGCUCCUCUUGCAGUUUAUCUGGAUGGAACUCAAUCACAGGAAGACCUUUAUUCAAGGCUAUACAAUGAUAUAGCACAAGAACUGGAAAAGUCAAGUAAGUAGCUAGUGGAAAAGUAGACCAUGUACCUGCUCCUUCAGAGGGAGUACAACUCCCAUCUAGGGCAGGUUGCCUGCCUAAUUCACAGAAAUAGGAACCUCCAAGCCAGGAGGGAUUCAAUCUAACUUAAUUUGAUGAUAUAACCUUUUUGUGAUUCUGUCCAACUUGACAUCUAAAAAAUCUAUAAAAACUAAUGAGUGAUUAUAAAGAAGCUAUAGCCCAGUGUUUGUGAAUGUGUGUGUUUUUUCUCUUUCAACCUUUCAGAUGAUCGUGGUGCUAUUUUGCAUGUAUAAAGCCUUGGCCUCGAUGAGAGCAAUAACAAACCUCAUACAUGAAUAUUUUAAUACGUUGCGGCUAAAACAAUGUUUUAAGAAGCUAACUGAAGCCCUUCCAAAGCAGCACUGAACCGAGAGCGUACGUGACAUUCUCAUGGAUAUGCUUUCCAGCUAGUUUAUUUGGAGUAACUGUUCUCUUGCAAAGGUGCCAUCCAUUUGGAAUCAAAACCCUAAAACUUUCAGAGUGUACUAAGAAUGUUUGGACAGAAGAGAAAUUAUGUAUUGUCUCAUAGAUGCUUUCUUCCAGGUGCUCAACAGUCUCUCCUCCUUGCUUAAUGCAACAGUGAACCUAGACACAUCCACUGUCCUUUUCCUCCAACGUAACAAAGAGGGGCAAACUUUCUAUUACCCUACCUGCACCUCAGUGUUUUCCACUCUACUCUCCUGAAUGCAUCCUUUGUGAUACAUCUGUUCCUCCAAUGUGAGUGGCAUUGCAAGCAAGGUACCCUUCAGUGGAGCAUCAAGAUACUUUUCUAAGGCUCGGUAACUUAAAUAUAUUUUAGAUAUCUAAAAUCUGCUUGCAGGAAGCUGAUUUUUUUAUUACAAAACAAUCUUGUUUAAUAAAAAAAUUAAUCAAUUCUGAAUUA